UGUUUACGUUUUCUUUGCAGACUGACACUGCGACGGUAAAUGAGUGAUGUAAGCCAUUAUGUCUAGAAUUAUUUCUUUUAAUCGUGUCUUUUCAUGCGGGAAAUAUAAACCAUGUAACAAAAAGUAUUGCACAGCAGCGGAGAAAAAGCAUGCCACGCGGGGAAGAGAAAACGGAAUCGAAAAACAUGCCACCUUUGCCUCAGCGAAAAUAGGACCCUUUUUCCAAAGUCCACCGAAAGUAGAAAACCAGUAUACUGGAGACGCAGUUCUUCAAUCAUAUGUAAAAAGAUUUAUUCCUAAUCAGAUUCGAGAACCCAUUGAGACAGACUUGAUCCGAUUUGGAGAGAGAGUUGCGACAGAGAUCUACGAGCUUGGGCUACAAUGUGAGCGGGAGCCUCCCCAGCUGAUUCAGUAUGAUGCCUGGGGAAAUCGUGUCGACAGAUUAAUUACAAGUCCAGCGUGGAAACGACAGCACGACAUCGCAGCAGAGGAGGGACUCAUUGCAACAGCUUACGAAGAAAAAUAUGGAGAGUGGAGUCGUCUUUAUCAGAUAGUGAAGCUGUUCCUUUAUUCCCCCUCCUCAGGACUUUACUCCUGUCCUCUGGCUAUGACAGAUGGAGCAGCACGACUCAUUAAGCAAUUGCCAUCCACUUACUCCUGGGUCAAGGAUUGUGCUUACUCUCAUUUGACCUCUCGUGACCCGACCCAAUUCUGGACUUCUGGUCAGUGGAUGACAGAGAGAAGGGGUGGAUCUGAUGUAGCCUCAGGAACAGAAACUAUUGCUGUACCUCAGGGUGAUGGAAGUUAUCGUCUCCAUGGCUACAAGUGGUUCUCCUCGGCAACAGAUGCCAACAUGACCUUAACACUGGCCAGAGUUCAAGGACAGGAUGGAAGUAUCACACAGGGAACAAAGGGGCUGAGUUUGUUUUACUUGGAAGUUUUUGAUGACCAGAAGAAACUCAACAACAUACAAGUUGAAAAGAUGAAAAAUAAACUGGGAACACGACAGCUGCCAACAGCAGAAUUACUUUUGGAUGGAGCUGUGGCCUACAGGAUAUCAGAGGAGGGGCGGGGUGUUGCAGGAAUCUCCAACAUGUUGACAAUCAGUAGAAUCCACAAUGCUUUGUCAUCAGCCUCUGGAAUGAGAAGAAUUUUAAGUAUGGCGAGGGAUUAUUCCACCAGGAGGACAGCCUUUGGUGAUUAUCUGAAGAAUUACCCCCUCCAUGUUCAGACUCUCGCUCGGAUGGAGGUGGAGGUACGUGCUGCCACUCUACUUGUGCUGGAGGUGGCUCGACUGCUUGGGAGGGAGGAUACUGGAAUAGCCAGUGAUCAGGAGUCUCUUUUACUAAGAUUGCUUACUCCCCUGGCCAAACUGUACACUGCUAAACAGGCAAUGUCUGUGGUCUCCGAAGGCUUGGAGUGUUUUGGAGGUCAAGGUUACAUAGAGGACACAGGACUUCCAGGAUUGUUGAGAGAUUCGCAGGUACUGACAAUUUGGGAGGGGACAACCAACAUCUUGUCCCUAGAUGUACUCAGAGCCAUCACAAAAUCCAAGGGGGAGGUGCUGGUUGCCUUCCAUGAUGAUGUCAUCUCCAAGGUUACCAAGGUCAGCAGGGUCCAGGAAUUACAAGAUCAAGGUCACAGAGUUAAGGAGGCAACCCUACAGGUCAUGAACUUUGUGCAGAAAAACCCAGAUAAGUUAAAUAUGGCUGCCAGGGACCUAGCAUACAGUCUGACCAGGAUAUACAUGGGUGCUAUUCUCCUUGACCAUGCAGUAGAGUGUGGUUUGACACAGACAGACACACAGACAGCCCGGCGGUGGUGUGAGAAAGACUUGUCCCUGGUGGUGACCAAUCACAAGCUCGGCCAUUACAACAGUAGUAAGGAAGAUCUCCGUCUGGUGUAUGAACAUUACACUGGAUAAUGGCUGAUGAGUGCCAGUUUAUUUGUGAUAUGAAAAAAAAGCCUACAACUUUAAAAUUUACACAGGAAAUCCCUAACUAUUACUUUGACAAUGUUUAUAUUUUCAUUUCUAAACUGAACAGUGAGUUGUUAAAACAGUUAUCUUAAUAUUUAAUUUUUGUGGAGCCACCAAUUUGUAAAAAAACCCACCCUAUUUAAAAAACAUGCCUUUUUUUAAAAAAACAUUUAGAAUGAAAUUAAUUUUUCAAAACUACAUCUAUAUUCAAGACAAUUUAGACUUGAUGGACCCCCCCCCCUUUCAAUUCCAUACCCUCCACUCACACAUUUAUGGACAUUAAUGAAUGUUAAGCCAAAGGUAAAUGAAUCAAAAUCAUUUCUUCUGAAAAUAACUAAGUUUUCUAGAUUGAUUUUAUUCAAGUAACAUGGGCCCCCUCCACCUCUUGUAACAGGAGGGGAGGCUUAGUACUGGAGUACUUGGAUGUAAAAGUACUGCUGACCAGAAGCAAGCACCGGAAGCAGGGUAUACAGAUGUGCUCGCAACUCUCUCGGUCCCAAAUGUCUAGUACCUAAAUUUGGAAUCUCAGGCAUCUGUGACCAACACAGGGCCACUGGUUUUGCCCGGUACUUAUUAGUCGGUAUGCCAGCUAUCCCUCCUGGACCCUGUUUUUGAUUGUACAUUUAUGCUAUGCGGCCAUUUAAUGCCAAUUCCCUUAUGUCCAUCACAGUUAUGAGUAAUGCAAGAUUGUAUAUGUUUUUGUUCAAGUCUUUAAUAAAGGUAAUGAAAAUUA